AUACAAAGCGGCUAAUCGGUAGGAGAUUCAGUGACACCUCUAUUCAAAGUGAUGUGAAGCACUGGCCAUUCAAGGUGGUUGAAGGUACAGCUGACAGGCCCAUGAUUGUGGUUACCCACAAUGGCCAAGAGAAACAAUUUACUGCGGAAGAAAUCUCUGCCAUGGUUCUGAAAAAGAUGCGGAAGAUUGCCGAGACCUACCUGGGCUCAACUGUGAAAAAUGCAGUUAUCACUGUCCCUGCUUACUUCAAUGACUCCCAACGUCAGGCUACAAAAGAAGCUGGCCUCUCUGCUGGCCUAAAUGUGAUGCGCAUUAUGAACGAACCGAGUGCUGCUGCCAUUGCUUAUGGCCUCAGCGAGAAGUCCAGUUGGAAUAGCACGAGAAAUGUGAUGAUAUUUGAUCUGGGUGGAGGCACUUUAGAUGUGUCAUUGCUUACCAUGACUAGUUCUGGUGACUUUCAAGUCCUGGCGACCUCUGGAGACACUCACCUUGGGGGCGAAGACUUCGAGAACAGAAUGGUGAAGUAUUGUGUCGAGGAAUUCAAGAGGGAGAAGACAUUGGACGUUAGUGAAGACUUCAGAGCUCUUAGGAGGUUAAAAAACCAAUGUAAGAUGGCAAAAGAGAGUCUCUCAUUUGAGUCUGACUUUGACAUUGAAAUUGAUUGUUUGCGCUCGGGUAUUGAUUUCACUAUAACUUUUACCCGUGAGAAAUUUGAACAACUGAAUAUGGAUUUGUUCAACAAGUGUAUGGAGCCUGUGGCCAAGUGCUUGACGGAUGCGAACAUGCACAUAAGCCAUGUCCAUGAUGUUGUUCUUGCUGGUGGCUCUUCUAGAAUUCCCAUGGUGCAAGAGCUAUUACAGAAGGUUUUCAAGGGGAAGGAGCUGUGCAAGGGCAUCAAUCCGUAUGAGGCAGUGGCAUGUGGUGCCGCCAUUCAAGCUGCAAUCUUAAGUGGGAAUGGAAAUGGGAAGUUCAUUGAAGACUUCACCCUCUCAGAUGUCACUCCUCUGCCACUUGUUCUGGAGUUUACCGAUUAUGAUACAGUCAAGAGACUCUGGGACUUAAUUCCAAGAAACAUUAGAAUUCCUACGAUCGAGAAAGUGCAUUUUAAUACUGUUCAGGACGAUCAAGCUUUAAUGAACUUCUUGUUGUGA